GUGAAUUGAAGUAAAACUAGAUUGUAAAUCAUGCACAUGUAUAUUGAGUUUAUAAUUUAUUAAUAGAUAAUAAAUUCCAGUUUUGAAGCUGUUUGUAAUGGAAGACUGCUGUCAAAAACGGUUUCUUUCGACCCAGGAAAAUCCCAUCGCAACAUUUGGGGGCUCAACCUAUAUGAUUCAAUUUGGAUUUUUGUCAGUGUAGAUUGGAUUAAAAAUAAGACGUCUUGAAAAAUUAUGCAUGAUUUUGUUUUUUGAUCGCAUUUUGACAGUACAAAAAUGCGAAUACAAAACGCAAAACAAAAACUGAAACCGGGGAACAUCGGGGAACCAUCCAAAGUAGAUUAUUUAAAAAGGAUGUUUCGCAGCGGAAACCAACAUCUUCGACAGCUUCGUCACCACUUCAGACACCAUUCGACAAAAAGUGCUUCGAAACAUGAGGUGAAAUUCACGGAAACGGUUAACCUACCAAAGACCAAGUUUCCCGCCAGACUGAGCGCUGAUAAACGGGCGGAAGUUCAGGAACGAUUACGAAAGACAUGUUUCAGUGGCUUGUAUACCUGGCAGAGGGAGAACCUGCCACAGGAGGCUGAGUUUGUUCUGCACGAUGGUCCCCCUUAUGCCAACGGUGAUCUGCAUAUGGGUCACGCCGUCAAUAAGAUUCUGAAGGAUUUGAUUCUCAAACACAAAAUAAUGGCUGGGACGAGGGUGCAUUACGUGCCCGGUUGGGACUGUCACGGUUUGCCAAUCGAGCUCAAGGCAUUAGAGGCGCAUGGGAGGAAAAGCAAAGGCAAAGACGGAUCGGCUGGUGCUGGACAGCAGCGUAUGGACCCGUUGAAGGUGCGCGAGCUAGCACGAAAAUUUGCACUGGAAACAAUCGAUAAGCAGAAAGCCGAGUUUGAACAAUGGGGCAUAACAGCGGAUUGGGAAAACACGAGUUCUUGUUACCGAACACUAGACGUGGGUUACAUUUCGGCUCAGCUGAGACUUUUUCAGGAACUACAUGCGAAAGGAUUGAUUUAUCGAGAUGCAAAACCAGUUUAUUGGUCUCCUUCGUCUCGGUCGGCCUUGGCUGAGGCUGAACUGGAAUAUGACGAAGCGUACAAAAGCCCCUCAUUGUACUUGAAAAUGCGAUUAUGUGCUGCUGAUGAAUGUCCUGAAAUUGGGGAUAGAUUGAAAGCGGGGGAGCGAAUCUCUGCUGUUAUUUGGACCACAACCCCAUGGACAUUACCAGCCAAUCAAGCGAUUUGUUACAAUCCUACUUUGGAGUACAGUUUAGUGAAAUCGGAAUUAGACCAAGAAAUUCUGUUGGUUGGUACAGAUUUAGUUUCUCAUUUAUCGGAACAAAUUCAAAUGAGGUUGGAAAAAGUAGGCAGUUUAUCGGGUUCACAGAUCGGAUCAAUCCGGUAUCGGCAUCCCAUAAGUGCGGACGAGUUACCCUUCCUGUCCGGCAAUCACGUUAAGUCGGAAAAGGGUACCGGCUUAGUUCACACCGCCCCGGCGCAUGGACCGGACGAUUUUCUCGUUUUUCUGAAUAACAAAAUCCCGGUGAGAUCCCUCAUUGACGAAGCUGGUUGCUACAACAACGAGGCGCCGGAGUUUCUACAAGGCAAAUUUGCUCUAACAGAUGGGAAUCGAUUGAUUUUGGAACGACUGCAGGGUGAUACGUUGGCUUGUGGAAUAAUCGAACAUUCCUACCCGAUCGAUUGGCGAACAAAGAAACCAAUUAUGCUGAGAGCCAGCGAACAGUGGUUCAUUAAUACGGAUCGAUUGAAGCAGCCGGCCUUGGAUGCAGUAGAACAGGUCGAUAUUUAUCCGUACACUUCGGCGGAUGUCAGCAAGAAUGUACUCCGUAGUCAGCUCCAGAAGCGCCCGUAUUGGUGCAUUUCAAGACAACGGGCAUGGGGUGUUCCGAUCCCGGUAAUUUACGAGAAGUCGUCUAUGAAGCCGAUCGUCCAUCCUGCGAUUAUUGAGAACAUGUGCAAGAUGUUAGAGAACAGUGGAAGUGUCGAUUUUUGGUGGAGUUCUGAUGUGGAAGCUCUUGUUCCACAACAGGUUUUGAGUGAGUUAGGAAUGUUGCAUAAGGAUCUUGUAAAAGGAAGUGAUAUUCUUGACAUAUGGUUCGACUCCGGAAUCUCUUGGCUGAGUGUUCUUGGAAUGAAUCGAAAGGCCGAUCUUUACCUAGAAGGUCUUGAUCAGUUCACAGGAUGGUUCCAAUCUUCUCUACUAACUAGCGUGGCCGCCAGAAAUCAGAGUCCCUAUCGAGCAGUUUUUGUCCACGGUUUUGCUGUAGAUGAGAACGGAAUGAAAAUGUCCAAAUCGCUGGGGAACAUAAUAUCUCCGAAAGAUAUCAUCAAAAAGUACGGGUGCGACACAUUGCGGUGGUGGGUGGCGGCCCAUGCCAUCCAGAACACAUCAAUUCCUGUUAGUUAUAAAUUACUGGAUUCUUCAGCUGAAAAUUUGCAAAAGAUUCGUGGAAUUAUGAAGUAUUUAUUGGGAGUUACAUCUAGUGGAGAGGGUCGAAGUCUUGAUCUAUCUAACGCGCUUCUUGUAGAUCAAUACUUUGUACACCAACUGAGCCAAUUCGAAGAUGCAGUGUUUAAUUUGUACAAUUCCUAUCAGUACAACAAAGCAUCUGCCCACAUUCUAACUUUCUGCGUUUCUACAUUAUCCGGAUUCUACGUGCAUUUGAUCAAGGAUCGACUCUACUGCGGAUCCGAUGAACAGUAUCGCAUUCUGCAAGGCAUUCUUCGACAUACCUUGAAUGUGUUCUGCAAGGUACUUUGGCCAAUUGCUCCUUUCUUGGUAGAAGAAAGCUGGUCCUAUCAUGGUCACGAACCAUUUUUCAAACUCAGUCACCGACCAAACAUCCUACCUCCGCUCGCCUCCAAUGUCUCAACUGCCAUUGAACAAGCACUCGAUCUCAAACGACAUGUGUAUCAGCAACAGCAACUUAACGUAAACACGUGGCUUCUGGCAGUAGACGUUACUGCCCCGCGUGAUGUGCUUGCAUCCUUGGGAGUGCUUCAUCCCAAGCUCAAUCAACCACAAGUGGACUCCGAGUUGUGUGAAAUCUUGCAAGUCGGCUCGUUAACUCUCCGGGAAGCAAAAACCGAAGAAGAGCUAUUCGUCAAGGUAGACAAACUGGAUCAACAGCUGUGUCCACGGUGUAGGAGGUACUCGUUGCGCACCACGACAUCGUCGCAUGUUUGUCAGCGGUGUGAGGAUGUACUGGCAGCGAAGGUUUCUUAAGUUUAGCAGAUUGUUAUAUAUUGGUUAGCAUAGUAUGAUAAAAAUUAUCCAAUUUAG